GUGCAAUCUAGCUCAGAAAAAAUUCGAAAGUCAGCUUAAAACAUCUGGCUGUUUUCCAUAAAAUACGAAAGCUAGUGACCGGUUCGCUAUAUAUAAAUUUACAUAGAUUUUUGGCUCAGUAGAUCUAAAUCUCCAUAACAAAGCAUACAAAAGAAAUGUAGAUUCACUCAUUCUGAUUUCCAGGCCGUCAGUUCGCAUAUUGAUGAUGUGAAAAUACAUGUGGUGUUUGUGCUAAUAGAUUCUUCGAAAAGAUGCAUUACGUUCGGGAAGGAAAAUUAUAUUAGCCCUGUUUUAUAUUUAAAACAUACGGCGUUAUAGAAGAAUAACGAUUUUAAGAUUUUGUUUAAAAGAAUCUACUAAUCUAAGUCAAAUUGUGCAUUUUCACCUGCAUAUAACUAGUGGAGUAGCUAUUGCAUCCAGCUUUUCAUUUUGCAAGUGUUAAGAUAAGAUAAUUAAGUUAUCAUUAUAUCAUCAAAUUGUGAACACGUUAAAUAACUUCAGUAAAAUAAUAAGACAUAUGCAAACGUGCAUGAAGGUAUUGUCAGUUUUAGUUUCAUUCCGGUAUGUUGUGAGGGUGUAAAAAAUUUGCUUUAUCUAUAAGACGCCUUUAAAAAUUCAGGCAUGUCACAGUGUUAAGGUUUUUGUUGUUUUCACACGCACAGCCAGAACAGAAUUUUUCAGAGAUGGUUGUCCAUUCCCUCUCUUCAGAUAUUAAUCUAAUUAAGAAAAAGGGAGAGAUAGCUUCCGACAUUAUGAAGAUUCCUAUGAAACUGUACCUUAUAGUAUUUGUAUGCGCAACAAUUUUAUUCGUUCAAUACCACAUUUAUUCUCCUUAUGCUACUAAUGAAUAUUCCUACGACCGAAAAAUGCCAUGUGAAGCUAUAGCAAAUAAAAUAACACCUGAUCUUCCUCCCUUGUACAUAAUAACACCAACCUAUAGAAGGCCAGAACAACUGGCCGAGUUGACUCGGAUGUCUCACACUCUAAUGCUAGUACCAAAUUUAAUAUGGCUUGUGAUUGAAGACGCUUACAGUACUAACGGUUUGGUUGAAGAUAUUUUGAAACGAUCCGGAAUUAGGUACCAUUAUAUGAUAGCGCCGAUGCCAGUGCAGUACAAAAAGAAAACUAAGGGUCCUAGGCCAAGAGGAGUAUCCAACCGCAACAAAGGCCUGGAAUGGAUACGCGAGAAUGCUUACAAUGGAGUGUUUUAUUUUGCCGAUGACGAUAAUACGUAUGAUUUGGAUUUAUUUAGCGAGAUUCGAUACACCAAAACAGUGUCAAUGUUUCCUGUGGGAUUGAUAACCAAAGCAGGAGUGAGUUCACCGAUAGUGAAGAAUGGUACAUUCAGAGGAUUUUACGAUGGUUGGAUUGGAGGCCGAAAAUUUGCAGUUGACAUGGCAGGAUUUGCAGUUUCUGUUCAGUUUUUGUUAACCAGACCUCAAGCUUCCAUGCCAUAUAAGCCAGGAUUCGAAGAAGAUGGUUUUUUGAAGAGUCUUGCACCAUUCGAGCCAUUUGAAGCGGAAUUAUUGGCUUCCAACUGUACAAGAAUUUUGGUAUGGCACACGCAAACGAAGAAAAAUGAACCUGCUUGGUCGUUGGAUUAUACUAGGCAUAACAACACGAACUUAAUAGCCCUCAAAAAUAUAUUGGUUUGAAUUCAGACUGGUGGAUACUGAAACUGGAAAUAGCAAAGAUAUUGCGCGUACUUAUAUCCAGAGUUUUCCGAAUGAAAAACACUCUCUAUUUUCUUUUGGUAACCAACGACACCUUGGGGCUUCAGAUCAACCAUGAUCUGCAUGUGCACUAAGUGCGUAUCAAGCAUAUAAGAAUAUUAUUUAGAGUGGGUUUCUCUACUCGCCAAUUAUACAUCUUCAUCUUACAUAUCUCCACUUAUUUAUCUUCCAUGUUAUUGUCAUCUUGUUAACUAAUGCGACAAGGCUAUAUAACACCUAAUGAUCUUUAUGCAAUGGAAUUAUGGAAAAAUAUUCAAGAUCUGAAUGGAAACGAAAUUAAUCAUUGAAAAAUUAUAUAAUGAGCACACAGGAACAACUCGUCAAAUCUUGAAUAUAUUCUCAGCGUGAUUUACGGAGACCGUGCAUUAGACGGUUUUCUUUGUAUAAAAUUGAGAUAUAUCCAGAACUGUAACAGAUAAGUUAACAAAACCAGGCAAUAGGAAGGACAAUCCAACCAUGCUAAAAAAAUAAGGGUUUACACUUAAAAUAAGAAAGUUAUAUUAUACUUUGCAUGCACCAUGUACAGCCAGAGGGUUAAAUGUAUUUCAAAUGGCUUCGGCGCAAAAUUUUAAGUUUCGAAAACAACUGCAGCAAAGUUGGAAAACUUCUACGGUCUACGUAAAUCACCCUGUAUAGAUACUCACAUAUACCUAAGCUUGAAAAGGUGAAGCCUAAAGUUAUCUAUUUAAACUAUUCUAAUUGUUAUUGGAAAACAAUGCUGUUAUUUUUGGUUCUUGUUAUUGGUUUUUACGAUUGAUGCCUCGAAUAAUUCGAAAUGUCCUCAAGUGAAUUGCGAGAAGGUUGAUUUUGUACCUGAACAAAAAUACAGCAAUGACAAAAGAAUAUUUACAAUCGACUGUUUUAAUUCAGUGAAAAUGACCACUGGAAAUGGAAGAUUUGAGGCAAUUGCCCUUCAGUGAUAAACUGACGAUUGUAAUUUCUCCAUUAGGCUAGGGAGUUACACCAGUAGCAAAAACUACCCUCUUUGGCCAUUUCACUGUUAAUGGCUCAAUUAGGUUGGUUAAUUAAGAGUUGAAUAAAGUAGCUACCUAGCCUAUGGUAUUUAUUUUUGUAUAAUAGCUGAUGUUUGGCUUAGUAUUAAGAAUUACUGUAAAAAAAUCGCAAAUGCCUUGCCUUCGCUAUUCCGUAGGUAGAUGAAACAGUUUUCAUUUAUUUCCACUAAAUCAUUGGAAGAUUGACGAAAAUUAAUUUAUCAAAUUUCGUAGAGCUUUCGUUCUUUUGCAUAGUACAAGUAUUAACCUGAACACAAGUCAACUUCCAGGUAAAUGUAACUAAAUGGGUGAUAACCAAAGAAUGGUAGAACUUCUAAUAAAAAAAUUACGUAGACAAGUGCUAUAUGGUUGAAUUUUUUAGUGUUCCUAUUGAACAAAAUAGGAAGCCCAAGCACAAUGAUUGUGUAAUCUUGCGAGAAACAAUUCAGUCCCUACUUUUAAUACAUUAGAAUAUCAAGCGCCUAUAGUCUGUUCGAGGUUUUAGUGCAUCAUACACCAACAGUUUGUUUAUUUCCUGCAAAAUUAUCUUAUAAUUAUUAAAAAUUGUAUUUCGAAUUACUUGGCACAAGCUGUUAUUUAAUUUUAAUACUUGAAUAUUUCUAAACGGAAACUCAACUAUUACGCGCAAUGAUAACCAAUGCUCAAUACGGCCCUGUUCAAAUGCUUAAUAAAAUUUUUAAAAAGCGCGCGAAAAUAAUUUUUAUAAAUUGCAACACCCAAUGCAUUUAUCUUAUAUUGAGCAAGUGUUGAGUAAGACCUCGACAAAGAUGAUUGUGAUACUUUUUAUAAGAAUAAAAGAUUGUCAAGUAUCCAUAUCCCAUUUUGAUUUGCUGUUUUAUUGAAAAUGGGGCUAUGGACGACUUUUUUACUUACACUAUAUACCUAUAUUAGGAUAUUAUAUUAUACACAAUCAGUAGGAAAUAAAGUGAUAUUUAUCUGAAAA